AUUCUUACAAAUAUCCUUGCUGUAUAUACAUACACAUAUACCAACCUAUACAUAUACCUACACUCGUAUAAAGAUAUUUUAAUAUAUUUUACUGUGGUGAUUCAUCAUGCCUGCUGCAGUUGGACUAGCCUGGAUGACAUUCGGGAUGGUCUCGGUGGGCCUGUAUUUAUUUAGUGCAGGGUUUAUAAACUACUAUCACGACAAACACCACUCUAGAGUUGCAGUGACACUCGUGAGUGUAUUGUCAGUUGGACUGUCAUUGUGCCUGUUGGCUCUAUUACCGGUAGACGUGUUUCUGGUGUCUCUUACGGUUGACCAUCAAACCGGUUUGAAGCAAGAAUGGGCAGAUGAAGAUACUGUGUACUGGAUCACGAUGGCUACUUUUAUUGUUUACUAUGGAUGCCAUGCUUUGAUUGGACUGUUACUUUUCUUUGUCUUGCCCUUUGCUUACUUUUAUUACAAGAAGUACGAUGAAGAUCAGGACCGGAGGCAACGCGCAUUGACUGGUAUUCGAUACACGGUUGGAUUUGGUAUUCUGGCAAGUGUACUUUUUAUGAUUGGAUUAUUUGGUAGACCGACGCAGUUACCAGUUCAGUUGGAGCUCGAGUGGUUUUUGAACUUGAUUAAUGAGAGUCAUGGGGAAAAAGCAAUAUCUUUUGUCAUGGCCUGUCCGCAACUACUCGGCAUGUUUAUCUUUGUAGCCUACACGGCACCUGGACUCUCUAUCUUGCCUUUCAAGUUUCUCAAAGACCGGGGACGGGUUGACACCGAGUAUGAAGAUAUCACUGCCCGAUUGGCUUCCAAUAUCGAACAACAGCGUAAGAUUGAGCAUCAUCCGACCAGUUCUAGAUCUACUCACUCUGAGCAAGAGAGGACCCUUCACAAUCUGAUUGAUGAAGCAAAGAUAUUUGAGCGUCAACUAAAGGAUCUUGAAGACGACCGGAACAAGUGGAGAUAUAAGCUUUGGUUAAUGUUCCGACCAUUUGAGCUUGCUUUUGGUAUAUUUUUAUUGGUAGUGAGUUUCUUGAUUGUCCUCUGUAUAAUUUUGUCCUGCUUUGACAAGAUGGUGUUCUCUAUUUGUGGAAGUGAAUGCGGUUAUAUUGCCAGUAGCCCAGACUUCUUUCAGCCUAUCAAUUUCAUUCUAGUCAAUAUACAGAGAGCAUUCCCAUUGGAUUACAUGUUACUGGUUGGAUUGAUUGUCUAUCUUUUGGUGGUUACCAUGGUUGGAAUUGACAGCCUUGGGCUGAAGUUCCUUUGGGUGACAUUGUACAGGGUCGAACGCAAGGCUACGGGUGCUCAGGCACUGGUGAUCAGUAGUACUUUAUUGACAUUAGGACUGUUGGCAGCAAACUACUCUAUCGUGUCGUUUAUUGCACCUGCCUAUGCUCAUUUUGGAAGUCAAGUUUAUUGUAACUCUGAGGAAGGAGACGUUCGGGACUGCAGUCUUGAUGUUGAUCUGAUUGUGCCCUGUGAUAUCUACGGACCGACAGACAUUUGUACUCCCACUGUCAUUUCUACAUCGAUUGACCGAAUCAGCUUCAAUUCGCCAAGGGUUUCAGCAGUAUAUUACUAUAGCCACUGGGUCUUUGUAGUUACUUAUGUGGCUGGAUUUGUGAUGAGUUUGGUUCGCAAGCCCCCCAAGGACAUUGGAGAAGAAGAAGGAUUAUUGGAUCGAACUGGCAAAAAAGCCUAUCAGACUAUCAGUGAUCAAAUAACCAAAUAGACCACAUAAAGAUAAAUAAAAUAAAAUAAAAUAAAAUAAUUACUUGUUUAUUAAUU